CCUGCAGCUGAGUGACUGAGACGUGGCACAUGCUGGGCCCUUGGAGGUAAAUCCCGUGUGAAGCAGAUGAAUGGCACCUCCCUGUCACCCUGGCUCGGGGUGCUGGUUACCUGUGGGCUGGGAAUGAAAAGAUGUGAUGUAAACGAGCUCGAAACUGCCAUCAUCCCCAACACCCAGGGCCUCUGCCCAGCUGUGGGAGGAUGUGGCAUACUCUACCCUGCUCAGAAUCCCGGGAGGUUUGGGAUGGGAGGUCUCACUCUGCCCCAUGAGCUACCCCAGCCCACCUCCCGCUCCAUGCAGGAGCAGGUCUGAGCUGCAGAGCAGCUCCCUCUGCCUGCCUCCCCCGUGGGCCAAGGACACUAUAUUUGGCCUGGGGGAGCUGUGCCAGUGAAACCCGACACGGUGGGGCUGUGCCAGGCCGACAGCUGGAGCCAAGGGGGCCGGCUUGUCUUGGUCACUGCGAUGAGAGGGGCCGAGACAGGCAGCGGCCCCACCACUGCCGGCAGCAGCUCACCAGAGACCGCACACAGAUCCAAGAAUCCUCCAUCGCUGCUGGAAGAGGAGGACGACCCUCCAACCCACUGGCCGGCGGAGCUGUGGUGAAGCAGGAGAGAGCAGCAGGGAACGUGUGGUCGGAUCAUCCGGCCCCGGCUGAAGUUCACCCCACCGUGGUUACACAUUGCUCACCCCACCGUGGUUUAACAGAGCACGGAGGGAGGGGUUGUUCCACUCCCCUGGCAGAGCAGCAGCAUGAAGCCGGAGAACCUUCCUGAGGAGAAUGGCAGCACGAAGACAGAGAACCUCCCCGAGGAGAACGGUGAGGCAGUGGCUGCUGGCCAGGACAAUCUCACACCCAGGAGCUGCGAGAAGAAACGCCACUGGAUUCAGCGCCUGGUCCCGGACAACUUCUGGGAGGACGUGAAGAAGCUGCUGGUGCUGGCAGGGCCGCUGAUCCUGAUCCAGCUGCUGAUCUUCCUGAUACACCUCGUUAGCUCCAUAUUCUGUGGCCACCUGGGCAAGGUUGAGCUGGCCUCCGUCACGCUGGCCAUCGCUGUUAUAAAUGUUACUGCCAUCUCUGUAGGUUACGGUCUGACUUCGGCAUGUGACACCUUGAUAUCACAGACCUAUGGCAGCAAGAACCUGCUGCGGGUGGGGGUGAUCCUGCAGCGUGCCACCAUCAUCAUCCUCCUCUGCUGCUUCCCUUGCUGUGCCAUCCUCAUCAACAUCGAGCAGUUAAUGCUCCUCAUCCGGCAGGACCCCGAGGUCUCCAGGUUAACCCAGCGCUACGUGAUGGCGUUUGUCCCUGCUCUCCCGGCGGUUUUUCUGUAUAACCUGGAGACAAGAUACCUGCAGAACCAGAUGAUCACGUGGCCGCUGGUGCUGAGUGGGGUCAUUGGCAACGUCGUCAACGUGGCUGCAAACUGCAUCUUCCUCUACGUGUUCCACUUCGGCAUCACGGGCUCUGCCUGGUCCAACACCAUUGCUCAGUACUCGCAAGCCAUUUUCUUGUUCCUGUACAUCAUAGGCAAGAAACUCCACGUGAAGACCUGGGGAGGCUGGUCCAGCGAGUGCCUGCUGGAGUGGGACAGCUUCACCUCCCUGGCCAUCCCCAGCAUGCUCAUGAUGUGCAUUGAGUGGUGGACCUACGAGAUCGGGAGCUUCUUGAUAGGCCUGCUGAGCGUUGUCGAACUCUCUGCCCAGUCCAUCAUCUAUGAGGUGUCUGUCGUUGCUUUCAUGUUCCCCCUGGGGCUCGGCACAGCUGCCAGUGUGCAGGUGGGGAAUGCUCUGGGUGCUGGAGACUUCGAGACGGCCAAGAGAUCCUCCACCACCAGCCUGCUCUGCACAGGGGCGUUCUGUGUAGCCGUGGGGAUCAUUUUAGCCUCCACGAAGAAUGUGCUGGGAUACAUCUUCACCAAGGACAAGGAGAUCGCUGACUUGGUGGCAUGGGUCAUGCCUGUCUACGUUGUCUUCCACUUGUUUGAAGCCAUGACUGGUGCCUGUGCGGGGGUGCUCAGAGGCAUCGGGAAGCAGAAGUUCGGAGCCAUCCUCAACACCGUGUGCUACUAUGGUGUGGGCAUGCCCCUGGCAGCUGUGCUGCUCUUCGUGGCCAAGAUCGGCGUCAUAGGCCUGUGGCUCAGCAUGCUCGCCUGUGUCUUCAUCCUCUGCACCUGCUUCAUCAUCUACAUCUCCCGCAUGGACUGGAAAAAAGCAGCUGAGAAGGCUCAGCGCCGCGCAGGAGUGACCCAGCCACCACCUGAGGAGCCGAACCUGGGCCCUGAACCCUCCUGCAAGGAGCUUCCCCCUGAUGUGGGAUCAGCCCCCCAGCCCCACACUUACCUCCCUGCCAGGGCGGUGUUGGGGAGUGUUGCGGGAGUGGAUGUGCAGACCGACGUCGUGCUCACGGGCAUCAUCAGGAGGGAGGGCUCGACGUACCAGCUGGAGCUCCAUGAAGCCACUUCUACCAUCUCCUCUCGGGCCACCCCUGUGAUCACCAAGGGGCUGAUCAUCCGGCGUGGGCUGGCGGUGGCUGCAGCCGUCGCUGUGCUCGCACUCGGCAUCGCCAUAAAACUGAUGACCAGCAAACACUGACUCACACCAGGGACUUUGGGGACUUGUUUUUGUGGUGAAAGCCCCUCCCGAUGGACAGAUGUUAAAAGCACAGACCAGCCAGCAAGAAAAUUCAGCACUGGCCUGUCCCACAGGAGUCAAAAGGCCACCGACAGCGUUCGGCAGCGUCUGCUCAGACAUUGCUUAGGAACAGGCCCUGUGGCUGCUCCAACACCCAAAAUGCUGCUCUAGGCUGCCUGACACACAUUGAACGUGUGGGUGACCCCCUCCAGCCCAUGCUCAGAGCCAAACAGAGCUGAGAACAGCCCAGCUCACAUGGUUGCUCCGUGACAAAUGCCCAAUAAAGAAUAAAUCCAGCUGGA